AUGAGCGCGUAUGAGGAUUCCUUUGAAGACACGGACACGGACACGAACACCACAGCCGACUCCUCACAUGCGCAUUCCGAGUCGUCUCUGCUGGUGAGAUCGACAGAGGCGUUAUUACCGUCCUCCUCUGCGGCUGUUGCUGCUCCGCCUGUUCCCGUUCCGGUGCCUCUUCCACAGCCAGUAGAAGAAGUGGAACCGGCAGGCCCAACAACUCGCACAGCACGUCCACCAGCCGAUACCACCAACAUAGAUCCACCAUUUUCUUCUUCUUCUCCUCCUCCUCCUCCUGCUAAUACUACGACGAAUCCUGCUAAUAGUGCGGCUUCUCUGACAGCUUCUACAUCGCUGAACCAGGAUAAACAUGACUCUUCUCUGAAGGAUCUGGCCAUUCCACGGAGGACCACAACGUCUACGGACACUAUGCCAUCUAGUCUGGAUAUGCAAUAUGCGGGAUUAGUAGCACCAAAGGGGGAUGAGUUUCAAGUUCUUUCAUCAUAUAUUGCUUUUCGUGGAAGUUCUCAAGGGUCCGUGCGUGGAACUUCCGCCACAACAGAUAGUGUUAUCAAGUUAACUGGAGAGAGUGGUGUGGUUGCUGUUGCCGAAGUGGUGGAAGGAAGUGCCGUACUGCAGAAGAGUAGUCCUACCCCUUCUGCUCUUGAUCAUCCUGUACGGGAAGAGACCGAACAGGAUACAACUAUAUCACGAAUAGCAAGUAGUAGUGUCUUUAGCACACUUUCACAACACAUGGGAAAAUUACAGGCACGACAAGAAAAUAUAAACACCACAGGUUUACCAAAGGAACCGAUGGUAACUACAACUUCAGAGCUUCCCCAUGAUGAUAAUGAUGAUGAUAGAAAAGCACUCGUCAGUAAAACUCCUACUGUUACUAUGAAUGAUGGUAUAACUAGUGCAGUUAUUGGCAGUACAAACAUUACUUCUUCUCCAGCUGUGGUUUCUGUGUCGUGUCUUCCCCCACCCCCUAGUAUACCAGAAGUACCACCAGCACCACAAAUUACAUUUUCACUUCCUAAUGUAGCUCCACCAAUGUCACUCACAUCAGCAGUGACAUCAUCACGGUUACCUGGUAUGGAAAAUAUUCUUGCAAAUGUACCUCCGCCACUUCCAUCACGAGAUCCACAACAGGAUCCAAAAAUCAUAGAAUUACGCGAAACAUCUGAGGCAGUAGAACGGUUAGUGCGUGCCUUUGCGUUGCUUCGUGGUCAUGCUGUACCUUCUACUACGACAGGGACAGACUCUGAUCUUCUUGCUACAGAAAAGACAUCUUUUAACACGAAGGAUACGGAGAAGUUAUCAAGUUUUCGUCAACAACACGGUGUUGGAGAUGCGGGGACAGUGCGAGUGUCUCAGUCGGCUGCUCAUAGUCUUCCACGUCGUAGGUCUCCUUAUACAGAGUUAGGUAGUAUUAAUAGUAGAAGUGGUAGUAAAAACAAAAAAGAAAAUAUCCAAGAUGAUGAUGAAAUGGAUGAAAAUAAACAAAAAUCAUUAAAAAUAAAUGAAGCUGCAGUGGAAGAUGCUAUUAUGUGUCUUGUUAUGGAACUUUUACAGAGAGAUGCGAAACAACCAUUUGAAGAGCGUAACGAUCGAAAGGCUAUUCAACCAUCUUUUGAAGUGGUGGAUAUGGAAAAUUUUAGGUCUUCUACUCAUCCCCAUACUGGCAAAGGACGUAAACCUGCACUUGAUAAACUUGUACCAUUUUCAGUAUUUGAGGGAGGUAUGCAAACCUUUGCACCAGAUAAUGCUGAUGCUGCAGAUUCAUUAUACCAUAAUAUAAUUGAUGCACUACAAAAGUAUGUUUGGUCACAUGUAUCGGCACCUAGAAAUCAACGCAACUAUGAUAAAACUGGAGGAGGAGGAGGAGGAGGAGGUAAUUUCACACCGGCUAGUGCUUUUUUUGUAUGGGUGUUGUUGCUUGAUUUGCUCUCUGUUUGUAUGCAAGUACUUGAGAAUCGACUUGCUGCAGGGGUAAACGACACUACUCCUGUGUGGAUACAGUACGAAGGUCCACAUGAGGCGGAGUCACUUGCCCGCAAUGCCGUUCAUUGUCUCCCAUUUGAAGUAUUAGACCCAUCAACAGGAGAAAAUGGGGCCUCCGCAGCAGCAACAACAGGGCGAAGACCUCUUUUCCGUAUGGAGUAUUGGGUAACAAGGAACACCAUGUGGACAAUCACAGAAGCCCUCGCGGCGUCUAUACGCGAAGGUGUUGUUUCUCGUUCGGACGGCUAUCGUGCUUUUCGUAGUGAUGGUUCCCCGUCUUCUUCCGGCGGUUACGGCUUCUCUUCAGAUGAUAUGGGAAUGCUGGAUCCAGCCGCACUCUGUCCAACACGGAUUCCACUCUUUUCACUUGUGCCAGCAGAACGCACGGGUGGUGGACCACGUGAGGAUUCAUCACAUGUCCGAAAGACAUUUGCACGAAAUGAUGUACAGAAUGAUGAUGGUGAAACCAAUACGGAGGAUUAUUUUCAAAUAGAACCACAAACGUUGGAGUUACUCGCGCACACCGUAUCGACAGUGAGCACAGAGUUGCUCGAGCGCGAUAUUCAAACUACUGGCAAAAAGUAUAGACAAUAUUAUCAGGAUGCAAGCCGUGGUGUAGCAGAAGCGGUAUCUGAGCUCCUAAAUGAUGCGGGAAUUCGUGCUGCCGUCCAACGCCGGGCGAAGGCGAAGAUGGUAGAAAUAUCGGAGCGCCGUGAAGUGAGUGGCCGUGCAACUCGUGAGGAAAAGGAGCGUUCAAUGAUUGCGGCUGCAGAAGAGGAGGCGGAGCGGGUAGUGGAGAAAAUCCUGCAGGAAAUGCGUCUUGAAGAAGCCAAUAGGAGAUAA